CCGGAAGUGGGUAGAGCUGACAGGGGCUGUGCGGGCGGCGGCGUCAUGGAGGACGAGCGUAUCUUCUCGGACAUCUGCGGCGGCCGCCUGGCCCUGCAGCGCCGCUACUACUCCCCGUGCUGCCGGGAGUUCUGCGUCAGCUGCCCGCGGCUCUCGCUGCGCUCGCUCACCGCUGUCACCUGCACCGUGUGGUUGGCGGCCUACGGGCUCUUCAGCCUCUGUGAGAACAGCAUGGUCCUCUCUGCUGCCAUCUUCAUCAUCCUCGUGGGCCUGCUGGGUUACCUGCACUUUGUGAAGAUUGACCAGGAGACUUUACUGAUCAUUGCUUCCCUGGGCAUCCAGAUGACUUCAUGCUACGCAUCAGGCAAAGAAAGCACCACCUUCAUAGAGAUGGGCAAGGUCAAGGACAUUGUCAUCAAUGAGGCUAUUUACAUGCAGAAGGUGAUUUACUAUCUGUGCAUCCUGCUGAAGGACCCGCUGGAGCCGCAGGCCAUCGCCCAGGUGGUGCCCGUUUUCCAGAGCUCCAAGCCCCGGCUCGACUGCCUGACCGAAGUGUACAGGAGCUGCCAAGAGAUCCUGGCGCACCAGAAAGCCACGGCCACAGGCCCCUGAGACCAGCCUUGACGCCAGUGUUGUCUUCCUCAGGCAGUGGCUCCUGAGCUCCAGCAGCUGCUGUGUUUCCUCUAAGCCUUUCGGGUGGUCACGGUCCGCAGGAACCCG